AAACACGUGAUUAGCAAAACAUGGUUAAAAUGUUGUGCAUCCAGGUGCUAGCACUGCUAUGUGCCAUAUUUGUGGUUGAAGGAGUGCCCACCUUCAGUGAUGUGUAUCAUACAAGUGGAAUAUUAAGAUUACCGUAUGCCGAACUCAAUGAACCGUUUGAGGUGUUCUACAACAAAUCAGCCGCUGCAAGCCGAAUGGACUUCUAUGGUGGUAUGGAUAAGACAUAUCUGCUGGCGACAAAGGGAACAUAUGGUACAUCCUUUAUCAUUUCUCCAAUGACUGACAAGUCUGGUACGAGUGCAGCUGAAUGCUUUCUGGUGAAUGGAACGAAAGAUGGUCCUAUUGCAAUCCAAAGUAUAUUACCUGAUGUAUCUCAAUUCAAAAGUAUUGGGAAGAUUAUUGUACGUGGUAUUAUCACAGAUGGAUGGCAAUUAGUUGUAACCAAUGGCAACAAGAAGAACACUUACACAAUGGCAGUGCUUGAUAAUAAGCCAGUACAAUAUGAAAUGAUGGGUUAUGAUUCAUUACUCGGAUCACAUUAUGAUAAAUACAUUGUGGAUUAUAUGCAUUAUGACACCCUGCCUAUUGAUCCCAAGAUAUUUGUAAUACAAGAUGAAUCAAAGUGUGGAAGUUUUCCAGGACCUGGUAUUGAACAUCACUUAGCAUCAAAUCCUCUGCAGGAACUUGUUAAUCCAGACAAAGAAAACAGCAUACACAAGUUAUUUGAUGAGUUCAAAAACAAACAUGAUAAGCAAUACCACGGUGAUGAUGAACAUGAAAUGCGCAAAAUGCAUUUCACUAAUAAUGUAAGAUACAUACACUCCAAGAACCGUGCAGGACUGACAUACAAGCUGGCAGUUAAUCACCUUGCUGAUAGAAGCCAGAAUGAACUGAAGACAAUGAAUGGAUAUCGUUACAGUGGUGUGCCCCAUGAAGGAUAUCCAUUCCAUAAACUUGAUAUGCCAUUAACGGAUAUUCCUGAUGCCAUUGAUUGGAAUAUCAAGG